AUGUGCAACUGCAAGAAGGUCCUUUUCGCUAUUCUGUCAUACUUACCCGUUCAGGCCGAAUCUCUGCAUAUUCAUCCGCUGUACUUGGCUUUGCCGGCUACGGUAGCAUGUUCAUUCGCCUUCAUGCUUCCAAUGGCUACUCCCCCAAAUGCAGUCGUGUUUGAUACGAGGAUUGUUGGAAUGCUAGAAAUGGUCACCACCGGAGUACUGCUCAACAUCUGUUGUAUCCUGAUCACAGUGCUCAACAUGAAUACCUGGACAUAUUGGUUGUUUGACUUGGGCACGGUACCGUUGAUAGAACGACAUCACAACGCUACACUCCGUUGCUAG